UAGAUUUUCCUUGUGCAAUUCCACCGAAUAUUUGAUAGAGAAAAAAGUUAGAAGAAUACAACAUCAUGGAUCACACAGAAUUCCGUGUUAAAGCAAAAGAAAUGGUUGAUUACAUAGCAGAUUAUCUCGAGAACAUCAGAGAUCACCGCGUAUAUCCUGGAGUCCAGCCAGGGUAUCUCCACAAGCGGCUGCCCUCUGAAGCACCGCAGCUGCCUGAAAAGUGGGACGAUAUAUUUAAGGAUGUGGAGGAUCAUAUUAUGCCUGGGAUCGUUCACUGGCAAAGUCCUCACAUGCACGCUUACUUCCCAGCGCUGACGUCCUACCCCUCUAUAAUGGGAGAAAUGUUAUCAAGUGCGUUAAAUGUUCUGUGUUUUACUUGGGCGUCAUCUCCGGCUGGGACUGAACUGGAGACCAUCGCUAUGAACUGGCUUGGCAAACUACUGGGUCUUCCUGAGUGUUUCUUGAAUGAGAAGAACGAUAGUCCGGGAGGAGGAGUGAUUCAAACAACGGCGAGCGAAGCAACGCUGGUCAGCUUGCUGGCUGCACGAACUCGAGCCCUCAUGGAGCUGGCGAACCUGAAUUCUGACUUGCAAUCGUCAGAGCUGCUGGGACAUCUGAUAUGUUACUGUUCCGAUCAAGCCCAUUCUUCGGUUGAAAAGGCUGGUUUAAUUGGUCUGGUAAGGAUGCGCUACAUCGAAUCUGAUGAACAUCAGUGUAUGCGUGGCGCGAAGCUUGAAGAAGCUAUCCUCAAUGAUAAGGCCAAGGGAUUAGUGCCAUUCUGGGUUUGCGCAACUUUAGGCACCACUGGUUCAGUUGCGUUCGACAACCUUCGGGAGAUAGGCGAGGUCUGUGAGAAGCAUUCUGCAUGGUUGCAUGUGGAUGCUGCAUAUGCUGGCAGCUGCUUCAUCUGCCCGGAAUACAGACACUGGUUGGACGGUGUGGAUUUGGCAGACUCUUUCGCGUUCAAUCCUUCGAAAUGGCUCAUGGUGAAUUUCGAUUGUACCGCCAUGUGGGUUAAAGACAGCACUGCAUUGCACAGAACGUUCAACGUAAACCCAAUUUAUCUACGACACGAGAAUUCUGGCAAAGCAAUCGAUUAUAUGCACUGGCAAAUACCUCUGAGCCGCCGUUUCCGGGCUUUGAAACUUUGGUUCGUGUUGAGAAAUUAUGGUGUUGUUGGUUUGCAGAAACAUAUUCGUGAGAGCGUGCGCUUAGCUCAGAAGUUUGAAGCAUUAGUUCUUGCAGAUCAGCGUUUCGACAUACCACAGCCGAGAAAUUUGGGAAUGGUGGCCUUCCGUCUCAAGGGUGACAAUACUCUCACCGAACGCCUGCUUAAAAGGCUUAACGCUCGAGGCUACAUCCAUGCAGUACCUGCUUGCUUCAAGGGCGUGUAUGUUAUACGAUUCACUGUUACGUCUCAAAGAACUACCAAUCAAGACAUACUUGAUGACUGGAACGAAAUAAAGAAAGUCGCUUCAGAAAUAUUGGUGGACAUGUUUGGUUCUGAAAAUGGAAAUAUUGUUAUACAGAAAAAGCCCAGGAUCUCAUUGAAAGAAACUCGUGACCUGAACGCAACUUUUGGAACGAGCCUCCUCCUCGCCAACAGCCCAAUGAGCCCAAAAAUCGUUAAUGGCACUCACGUUGCUAUCUGUGAUUAUGAGCAAGUGCUUUCAUCUUGCGCGCAGACUUUUGCUCAGUUGAAAAUGGAACCAAAAGACAGCCCUGAAAUGCGUAGACGUGUCCGCGGUAUACGUAUGUGCGGGAAGAAGUUUUCUCUGGAUUCCUAUAUGGACAUGGUGCAGGGUCUUAUGGUGGAGCAGUCGCUUCCUCAGUGCUCGGAGGAGGAGAGAGAUGACGCUUCUAAUGGAUCUAGCCCCGGCGAAAGAUCCUCCGUAUCAACAUCGCCAGCUACGUCUACUACGACGAUCAAACAUGAUAGCAAUAUAGACAUGAACCAACUACAAGUACCUGCAACGCCAUCCAGACAGUUCAGAUCAAAGUCCAUUGAUGUAUCACUAUCAGACUUGAAGUUAGAUGAUGCAACUGUAUCGGUCGAUAUGAAGAACAAUGAAAUAAUAAUAACACCAACUGGUUCGAAGAAAAUAGAUGAUCAAGUACGUUUCAACGCUGCUGAAGAGAAAUUGAAUAUAGGCGAUAGAAUCAAUCAGGCAUUUGAAAAUUUUCAAGGCAGUUUUCGUGAUCAUAAUGAAGCCAAUGCUAAAUGUGUCGAUGAGGAAGAUGAAUCUAAUUCUAAACUCACUAUUAAAGGGCCAGGUAGUUAUAUUAAGAAACUAAUACAGCAAUUUAGCGAAGGACCGUUCGAAUCGGAGGAACAGAAGCCAGAAGCUGAUAAGGCAGUUUCGACGCAAUCUAUUAAGGAUAGAGCUGACGCUAUAUGCAAGAAAUGCUUUCAUUACAAAGGUAAAAUGAAUAAGUAA